AUACUAUGAUCAGCUGUGUUCAAUUGAACCAAAGUUUCCGUUCUCUGAAAAUCAGAUCUGUGUAACAUUUACAUGGAAAGAUGCUUUUGAUAAAGGAUCGCUCUUUGGAGGAUCUGCCAAAUUGGCUCUGGCAAGUUUGGGGUAUGAGAAGACCUGUGUUUUGUUCAACUGUGGAGCAUUGGCAAGCCAGAUUGCAGCAGAACAGAAUCUAGAUAAUGAUGAAGGACUAAAAGCUGCAGCUAAGCACUAUCAGUUUGCGAGUGGUGCUUUCCAACACAUUAAAGACACUGUUUUGUCAGCCUUGAAUCGAGAACCUACAGUGGACAUCUCUCCAGACACAGUUGGAACUCUCAGUCUUAUUAUGUUGGCUCAAGCACAAGAGGUCUUCUUUUUGAAAGCUACAAGAGAUAAAAUGAAAGACGGUAUCAUAGCUAAACUAGCUAAUCAAGCUGCAGAUUACUAUGGUGAUGCUUACAAACAGUGUCAAUAUAAAGAUACUUUGCCCAAGUAUUUUUAUUUCCAGGAGGUGUUUCCUGUUCUGGCUGCAAAGCACUGCAUUAUGCAGGCCAAUGCAGAAUAUCAUCAGUCUAUCCUGGCAAAACAGCAGAAGAAAUUUGGUGAAGAAAUUGGGAGGUUACAGCAUGCAGCAGACUUGGUGAAAACAGUGGCGUCUCGUUAUGAUGAAUAUAUAAAUGUUAAAGAUCUGGUUGACAAGAUCAACCGAGCGCUUACAGCUGCCAAAAAAGACAACGACUUCAUUUACCAUGACCGGGUACCUGACCUGAAAGAUUUGGAGUCCAUUGGGAAAGCCAGUCUUGUGAAGUCUACUCCAGUUGUUGUUCCCCUCAGUCAGAAAUUCACUGACCUGUUUGAGAAGAUGGUUCCAUUACAAGUUCAGCAAUCUGUGAGUGUUUAUAACCAGAGAAAGGCAGAUGUAGUAAACAGGUUAAUAGCCCAGAUGAGAGAAGCCACAAAUCUGGCAAAUGGUGUGUUGGCUUCCCUCAAUCUUCCUGCUGCUAUCGAAGAUCUGUCUGGUGAUACUGUUCCUCAGUCUAUUUUGAACAAGUCUAAGUCUGUGAUUGAACAGGGAGGAAUUCAGACUGUUGAUCAACUGAUCAAAGAUCUGCCUGAACUGCUACAAAGGAACAAAGAAAUUCUAGAUGAGUCACUAAGAUUAUUAGAUGAAGAAGAAGCUACAGACAGUGACCUGCGGACAAAAUUCAAAGAACGCUGGCAGAGAACACCAUCCAAUGAACUCUAUAAGCCUUUAAGGGCAGAGGGAACCAAUUACCAUAAUAUUUUGAAUAGAGCUGUGCAAGCAGAUGGCCAAGUUAAAGAGCGCUAUCAGACUCACCGGGAUACGAUUGCACUUCUGUGUAAGCCAGAGUCAGAACUCAAUGCAGCCAUUCCUUCUGCUAACCCAGCAAAAACAUUACAAGGAAAUGAGGUUGUUAAUGUCUUAAGAACUUUGCUGGCCAAUCUGGAUGAAGUUAAGAAGGAGAGAGAACAACUGGAAAAUGAUCUGAAAUCUGUAAAUUUUGACAUGACAAGCAAAUUCCUGACUGCACUUGCACAGGAUGGUGCUAUAAACGAGGAGGCUAUCUCUGUGGCCGAGUUGGACAGAAUUUAUGGAAGUUACACACAGAAAGUGCAAGAGUCCGUAAAAAAGCAGGAAGAACUUCUCAAAAACAUUCAGAAUGCACAUCAGGAUUUUUCAAAGAUGAAACAAUCAAACAAUGAAUCUAAUUUAAGAGAAGAAGUUUUGAAGAACUUAGCCGUAGCAAAUGAUAACUUCGUGGAACUUGUAGCCAAUUUAAAAGAAGGCACGAAGUUUUACAACGAGCUGACAGAAAUCCUGCUGACAUUCCAAAACAAAUGCAGUGACAUUGUCUUUGCUCGCAAGACUGAAAGAGAUGAACUGCUCAAAGAUUUGCAGCAAAGCAUUGCUCGGGAACCCAGUGCUCCCUCUAUUCCUCUGCCUACAUAUCAGACCACAUCAGCUGGAGGAAGUAAGCCUGCUGCAUCGUCGACUCCUACUCCAGCACCCAGAACCAUGGUGGGCACUAAACCACAGCCACCAGCAAGGCCACCACCACCAGUGAUUUCUGCAGCAAGCAGUUCAUCUUCUGCGUCAGCACCUUCUGGAACAGCUGCUGCUCCUGCUGCUGCUCCUGCUCCAGCUCCUGCCCCAGGAGCCAGUGCCCCUGCAGCAAGCACUGCACCUUCACAGGCACAGGGACCUCCUUACCCAACUUAUCCAGGUUACCCAGGGUAUUGCCCGAUGCCAAUGCCGAUGGGCUAUAACACAUACAUGUAUGGCCAAUAUAAUCUGCCAUACGCACCCUCACCUGUGUAUCAAAACCCUGGACAAGCACCGUAUCCGGCACCUCAACAACCUGGAUACCCUUUUCCUCAACAGCCUUAUUACCCUCAGCAAUAAUGCACCUGCAAAGAAGCUCUGCUUGUUAAAAUUUGGGAGAAAUUGGCAAUAAGCAUACUAAAACUUUUAGCUUCAGUUAAUGUACCAUACUGAACUGGAUGCAGUCUAUAACUCCUGUUUAUUGUUAACUGCUCAAAAAUGUCUGGAUCAGUUCUUGAUUACACUAAACACUUUGAAAGAUCUGCUGCAGUGGUUUAGGCUGUAGACUAAUGCCAGAAUUAGCGCCUAAUUCAGUGGUCUGAAACUGUACACUACAUGUUGGCUAGACGAAAAUAUUUCCUGGCAAAAAUCCUGUAAGUAACGAAUGGGUUCAGAUGAGAAAAAUGAAGCGAUGCGUGCAAUGGGUGUGAGAUACUCUAUGGAACCAUAUAGCAUUUCCUUCUAAACUCUAUUGGUUUGUAUUUUUUUGAGUUUAGUUAAAAUAUGCUAUUUUGUCUAAUAAUCAAGGCCUUGUAAAUCGUCAGUAAAAAAAUAAAUU